AUGUGCGACGUCUGUCAAACAAGAAGAUCGUUUCCAAAAGCAACUAGUGGUAAACCAAUUAUCUCUAUUGACUUUUUAACUCGAUUGCAAGUUGAUGUAAUUGACAUGAGAAGUAUGAAACAUGAUGGAUUUAAUUUUAUUGUGCAUGCCAAAGAUCACUUUACAAAAUUCAGUUGGUUAUUUGCAUUACCAUCAAAAGAAGCCCAUCAUGUUACACUUCAUUUAAGAAAUAUUUUUUAUACAUUUGGUACUCCGAAAAUUCUACAAAGCGAUAAUGGAAAAGAAUUUGUGGUAAACAUUAUUUUGAAUCUCAAGUUGAAUUGGCCUGAUCUAAUUAUCACCAAUGGUCGUCCAAGACAUCCACAAAGUCAAGGAUUGGUCGAAAGAGCCAAUGCUGUAGUUCAAAACAUGUUAGGGAAAUGGCUUGAAACAAAUAAAUCACUUGAUUGGCCACAAGGAUUACUACAAAAAAAAACACCUUAUGAAAUGUUUUUUGGUCAACUUGUACGAAAUGAUCAUGAUUUCUGGUUGAAAAUUCAUCAACAGCCCAUUAAUAAAACAAUCAUCGAUGAAAAAGAUUUACCUGAAUCACUUGCCGAUAAUUUUAAUUAA